AAGAUGGCGUUUCAAAGUUGACAAAUGGCGUAGGCACAAAAACUUUGUUGAGCAUCAAUAUUGUAAAAAUACUUCUGUGUACAUAGAAUUUUUACCAUUGUUUUGAAUAAAAACCAAACUAAACAAAAGUGUUUAAUCCGUUGCAAAAGGAUAUAGGUAUAUGUCCUUAGCAAAAAUAACUUAUCUAUCCCGGUACUGUGUGCAUGUCCCCACUGCCACUGUUCAGUGCUCAUUCAAUGAAAAGUUUAAUUCGCGUGCGACGACUUUCCGCUGAAAGAAAAUAAACCUCUUCACAGAGGAUUUGUAUAACUUCUAUACAUUAGAUGAAUAUAUCUUCGUUCGUCGUCACAAUACAAACUUACAUCAGCAGAACCAUUCAUUGUGUCUCAGAUUCAGAUUUAGAAGAACAAUUAUCUUCCUUAACAAAAAUACAAACAUUUAUGAUUUAUUAUCUUUAUCAGUGCAGCCCGCUGCUUUGAUUUUGAUUAGUGAGUGAUUAAAAACAAAAUUGGAGCAAGCAAGCAGAGUUGCGAAACAAAAACAUUUUUUUAUUUAUUGUGCUGAUUAGAGGAGCGGAUUUUUGAAAAUUCAUUUUUGUGGUCUAGUGAUAUAGUAUUUUUCGUUUCAAGGUAAAAAUAAAAUAAAACUAGAGUAAACCUAACCAAACAAAGAAGAAGAAAAAUAGAAGCAAACAGUUCAAAGGGUUACAAUUUUAUUUACCUAGUUAAAAGCCAACAAGAAAAAUAAAGGAAAAUGCAAUAAUAUUGCUUACAUACCUACAUUUUUAUAUUUCCCAAAAUAUACACAUAGGUGUCGCUUUUUUUCACUAUCUCCGUCUCUGCGAGUAGUCGAGCUAUACAUUUGCAAUCACAAUCAUAUGGGAGUGAGAGAAAAAAGACACCGCUAUAGGAUUUUUUGAUGAACCGAUAAAUGAAUUCCUUUGCAUUGGAAUGGAAGUUGGAUGGAUGUACAUUGGAAUUGGAAGAGAACCUUUUUAUGUGUACAAUUCGCAUCGCAGAGCAUUGAACAAUUGAACAAGAAAAAUAAUAAAACAUUCGGCUGUCCGCUGUUCUGUUCGGAUUCGGAAUUGGAACCAAUCAACCAAAAACAAAAGUGAUGCUGCUUGCUGUAGAGAGCUGUUGGAAGAAACAAAUCUAAGAAAAACUAAUAAUUUAAUAAAUUUGUAAGAAUUGUUAUUAAUAUUAAAAUAUAAAAUGCAACCAGCGUCGUACAGUUGAGUUAAGUUGUGACCUUUUUAAGCGGAUAAAACAAAGUCAACGCCGCAGAAGCAGCCUCCACCUUCACACCGCCAUCGCCGCUUUUUUAUAAUUUUCUUUUCAAAUCAACUUGAGAAUUAGAACAAAAUAAAGAAAAAUGGUUCGCGGACGCCGGGCACGUCCCACAACAAAAAUGGAAGCUGGUAUGCUUGCGAAUGGAGUUCAAGUAUCAAGCCUUAUCGACGAUCCACACUGUGCCAGUCCCAAGAGAAAAGACUGUAAAAUUGAUACAUCUCUAGAAAAGAAACUCAAAGCCGUUGUUACAACAAUGAAGCAUUCUCCAGUAGCUCCUAUAUCACCGCGGUGUUUAUCCCGCGAGAAACGUACAGCAGCUGCUGCAGCUACUGUCUAUAUGCGCGAAUGUCUAGAAGCAGGCAAUCACUCAAAGAACAGAUCACAAAAUCACAUCAAGAACUAUUUCAAAACAAAUUCCAAGGAUGAUGAACUCUAUAACAUUCCGGUACAACCCGAAGGUGCUGUCAUGCAAAAUAUACAACCAGACGAUCAUCAGCUAAUAGCCGCUCUUUCCUUCGACCUAUCCGAGGAGGAUACUUGUACCGAAAUUUUUGGCAAUUAUGACGUGCAAAAGCCGCAAACACCACCACCACAAAUUAACACCUACCAGAAUCGCUUGCGGUCUUCGCCAAUAAAUAGCUCACAGAACAUCUUCCUGCAGGAACCAGUUCUAUGCUUAAAUGUGGACAAAUCGCCAAAUCAGGCGUCAUCUAUAAAAAUAAAAAAAUCCCUAGAAGUAGAACCAGUGUUUUCAUCUCCGCCAAUGGCUGCUUGUUCCAUUUCUACUUCGACCUAUCCAAUUUGUUUGAAUGGCCAGUUCAACAAAAUUGUAUCCUUAAAUACUUCACCAAAGCGUGAAAACUCUCUCGAAUCAACCGCAUCAACAUUUGCUUCUUCGAAUAGUUCGAAUAGCAAUAGUUCAAACAGUAAUUGUUAUCUCUUAAACAUAGACAGCAGCUCCUGUGACAGUGGCGUGGUUUUCAUUGACAACAAGACCGAGAUUAGCCCUAGUCGGCGACGGAAGCCUGCUACACCACAUCGUAUCGUUUGCCCAUCGCCCAUUAAGAGCUGUUGCGUUAGCCGAUCUGGAGUUGCAACACUACCAACUGGUGUUGGCAUGUCACCUUCAAAGAAUUCAAUAAUUAGCACAACAACAUCUACUCUUCCGCCAUACCAACAUAAUUCACAGAGACGUCAUCCUAAAUCAAGAAGAAGACUGAAUCAACAAGAACAUGAAAAUAAAUGCGUUUUGCCUUCGGGAGAACCACAGAUGAAUGAAGAAUCUCCAACAGCUGACAUUGUGCAGUCACAACUUGAGUACAAUGCUCACAACAAAUCAAUCCUAAACUCAGCUAAAAAUCCUACUGCCGAACAAAACACUAAUAACAAUAAUAAAAAGAAACACAACGUUGCACAUACAACCAACUCAAAAAUAAGGCUGCAGGCGGCAAAUGCAAACGCUAUAGGUAAUCGAGAACUAACCGAGUUCUUCCCGGUUCGUCGAAGUGUUCGAAAGACGAAGACCGUCGUCAAGGAGGAGAUGAUGAGAAGUUUAGAAAAGGCCAUAUUAGAGGAACGUGCUGACGGCCUGAAGGUGAUCGAAAAUUUUGAAGGCAAAGGAAGGGGCAUAUGUGCUGAUAGACCUUUCCAAAGGGGAGAAUUCGUUGUUGAGUAUAUUGGCGAUUUGAUUGACAUGGCGGAGGCGAAUGUCCGUGAGAGAAAGUACGCCUUAGAUGAGAACGCUGGUUGUUAUAUGUACUAUUUUAAACAUAAAAAUCAACAGUAUUGCAUUGAUGCAACAGCUGAAUCGGGUAAACUUGGUCGUCUGGUUAAUCAUUCGCGCAAUGGCAACCUUAUUACAAAAGUGGUUGUCGUUAAAAAUCGACCCCAUCUUGUACUUAUUGCCAAAGAUGAUAUUGAGCCCGAUGAAGAGUUAACCUACGAUUAUGGAGAUCGCUCAAAAGAAGCCCUUUUACACCAUCCAUGGUUGGCUUUUUAGUUCGGUCGGGUUAGUUUUCAUAUUGGACCCCACAUAAACAUUUAAUCUAGCUUAAGAGUAAUUCUUUUUUUUUUAUUUCUUAAUAAGCAAAGCUUAGAAUAUUUUGUUUUUUUCUUUAUUUUUGUUUUAAAGAAACGCUUCGACACAUUAAUUCAUUAAAAAGAAACACAUUCACACUGAAAAAAAAGAAAAAAACACCAUGAAUAUCAAUUCAGUAGCUUUUUUAUUAGUUUGUAGUUAGAUUAAAAACUAUAAAUAUAUUUAAUCAAAUUUGACAUCGUUCGCACAUAGUUCUUAUAACAUAACAUAAAAUACAACAUAAAACAUAAAUACGUACUAUAAAAUGAGCGUAGUUCAAAAACUCUUCCUUUAUUUUUUCAGAAGUAAGGUGAGAUUGUGUUAAAAGAAAAUAAUAAUGGUGGAAGAUUUUAUAGUACUCUAAGACAAAAAUCUGAGCGGUUUCUUUAUAAACAUACAUGCAUAGAAAAUGGCGAGCAAUUGAUGAAAAUCAUAAAUCAUCUUUAUGAACUUAAGUCUUAAAUUAACAUGACUGAAGACUGUAUGUGUUACAAAGAGCUUAAAAAUUUAGAUUGCCAUCAUCAUUGAUGUGGUGUUUUUAUGUGAAUUAAAAAGUUGUAAAGGUGAAUUAUGAAAUUUUUCAUUAGCUCGAGAUUUAAUAGCUAUGUUUUGCUUUUUUUUAAAAUUGUACAUAUGAUUAAAAUUACUAUUAAACAAAAUAUAUAUUUAUUGACUAGCGACACACAUUGUAAUAGUUAUUAUUGUUUAAAUGUAAAAAGUGCUAAUAUUUAUCAUGAAAGUCUAAACAUUUUUUUACAAAAACAGAAGAUAGUCUAGGCAAAGUGAAAUAUGCAACUUUUUUGGAUAAAAUUGGUUUAGGAAACAUUUAUAUUUGUGAAAGGUAGGCUAGGGUUUUAUAUUUAUAAUAUACUCAAAUCAAGAAUGUUUGUUUUCGGCUUUCGAUGAGCUUAGAAAAGGUUUUGAAAUAAUUCAACUUUUUAGUGUUCUGACGUUUUUUGUUGUGGAUACUUUUUUUUUGUCGAAAUAAUCUUGUUAUUCAAAUAUAUACACCUUGAGACAGUUAAGGGGGUCAUCCCAUGUGACUGCCUGUAUUUUAAGGAAUUUUUAGAAUUUUUUUUUACGACCGGUAAAUAGAUACAACUUUAUUAAGUUUAUUAUCAUUUACUAACAUAGUUCGACAGUAUAAAUAUAAAAUUUUAAUUAAAAAUAUUGUAAAGAAUACGAGUUAUACCAGAGUUAUAACUCUACCUCGAAAGAAUGGGCUCGCACUUCCUCCACGAUUCCGGCUGAUUGGCUUAUCUAAAACAAAAACAAAAUAAACGGCGUUUUAAGCUGUGAACCUAAAUGCAUGGAAUGAACUAUCAUCAAAUCAAUAUACCAAAAAUUGGACUUUUGGGAGAGUUUUGAAAAAAGUCGCUAAUUGUGCGGUUUUUGUUUUGUUUUUUGCUAUAAAAAAUCGAAAUUUUUGGAGUUUUUGCUUGGCGAUAUUUCAUUCCAUGCCCAUCAAAUUUCAAGUCAUUCGGUCAAGCCGUUUUUGAGAUACGAUGGAGGCAAGUUUGAGAAAAAAUCGUUUAAAGUUUCAAGUCCUCUUAACUAUGAAAAUAUCGACUUAACUUUCAAUCGGCGAUUCCUGGUCCAUAGUAUUCCUUCCUUUUCUUCUUCUUCUUUUUGAAACUCUUUCAAAGCAGAUUGUUCAGCUCUUGAAUCAAUUCUGGCUUGUUUAACGGCAUCACUUACGCGCCGUUCAGAACGUGAGAUUCGCUUUUUAUCACCUUUUUCAACAGAGGUAUGGGCUUCGCAUAACCGACAUUACUUUCAAAUUACCUUCAUAGGCCGAAGUCGUAUCUUUAAAACGACUUCAAAUUUAAAAAAAUCCCUUUACUACCGUAUUCUAGACAUAUUAAACUAGCAAUUUAUAAACAUUUUUUGAACCCAUCACAUGGGAUGACCCCCUUAACCAGUUGCCUCUUUUUCCCGUCCACAGAAAAUGUUGUAAGCUGAUAAUCAAAUCCGUUAACCAUGACUUUUUUUCACGGGUACUGCCGUUUACGAGGAAUUGACAAAUCUUUGCUCUCUCAAAGUAGCCGUUGGGAUGACAUUACUCGUACACAGAAAUAGUCGAGAGUUGUUCAAUAGGCCCUGGUUCUCUAUGAGCUGUUAGACACCUAAUUUAUUGUGCACUUUACUUGACUUAGCAGAUUAGUAUUCUAUCGCUUUCGAAUUUUGUUGAAGUGAGUUUUAAAAUCCUAAACAAAGCCCUUCCUCAAAUUUGUCUUUGUGGACACUUCCUGACAAAAAAAGAGCACAUUCAGUUAGGUUUUUCAUUUCACUCUCACUCAAAAGACAAUUUAAAUCGAUUCAAAAUUAAUAUUGGAGUUCAGUAAAUGACUUUUAUCGAUAUUGAUUUUUGUUUUACUAAGUUCUUGAAGUGAAUUUCCGUGUUCCCCGUUUCGAUUAAUCCGAUUUUGAAGUGCUUGAAUUCAAUUAAAUUUAGUCGGUGUAGCUUGAAUUCGACAAGAAAAACAGAAAUAAUUUUUGAAUGGAAAUGAAGCUUAACUAUUUUAUGUUAUGGUUUUGAUUAAGUUGAUCAAUAAGAACUGCAGCUUCUAUUUCGUAUUGGGAACGGACCAAACAUUUAAAAAAUGAUUUUUUUAGCACUCCAAUGUUUUUUUAUAAAAGUUAAAAUUGAAAAAUGUUCUCUCAAUAACUUCUGCCUGUGCUCUGGGCCAUAGAAUUAUACAGCUGUGGACAACUAAUUAGAAACACAAAUUGAUUUCACUUUUAAAGCAGUAUGUGUAUUUUUUUUUUUUUUGUUCAAAAUAUAUUUUUUAAACUUAAAACCAUGUUUCCCAAACAACAAUUAUUUCAUAUGGAAGUUUCUGCGGAAAACACAGCUUUUAUUGGUGGACAACUAAUUAGAAGCAAAGAAAAUUCAUAUCUUAUUAUAAAAUUUAUAACUUGUUGCGUUCCAAUGAUGAAAUAAGCCGCUUGCUUCGCUCUACGGCUAUAGCCUUCCAAGCAGCUUCGAUAUUCGUUAAAAGAACAUCAUUGUUGGUGUUAUUUUUGAGAGCAACAGCCCAAAGAAGCUCUAUCGGAUUAUAGGUCUGCAUUUGAUGAUUCCCAUUCCAGAACUGUUAUCGAUUCGUCCCUUAAGAAUUGAUUCGUAAUUCCAGCAGUUUGCUUGGGGUCGUUGUCUCGCUGAAACUUCCAUAUCAAUGGCAUGUUUUCAUCGGUCCAAUCCACCAAUAGUUUCGUAAGAAUGUCAAUGUAUUGAACGGCUGUCAGCGUUCCAUCGAUUCGAUGGAUUGGGCCAACUCCACACCACGAGAAACAACCCCAAACGUUAAGCGAGCUGCAUCCAUGCUUAAUUACUUGCAAAACAUAUUUAGGGUGGAACGCUGUUCCUUUUGGCUUCGGACGAGCUCGUUUUUUACGAGGUACAGUUCCAGCAGUCCUGAAGUUUUGAAAAUGCGUAAUUGCAUUGAACAAUUUCUUUACAGAACAAUUCAUUUGAAAUACAAUAGCUCUGUAGGACAUUUUAAGCUUCCAAAGCUCAAGAAUCGCUUUCCUUGAAGAAGGAUCACAACUCUUCCAACUUUUCCAAUUGCAAUUACCUCCAAAGUUUAAAAAAUAUUCUUUAAAAACGUUUGCAAACAAUUCAGAAUUUUCUACUUACCAAUGCAAAAUAAAAAGAUUAUUUUUAUUCCAGCUAAAUCAAAUCUAAUUAAACUUUACACUCUACCUUGAUCUUGUUGUGUACUAUGCAAAGACUAAUGCACAAGAGAAGUUUUUUAAAACAUAUCUAAUGACGCUUGCAUUACACCGUUUAGGAUACCACCAUUCUAGUCACACAUGACAUAGUGAAUGUGCAAAUGAAAAGCAAGUAAUGUUUCUAAUUAGUUGUCCACAGCUGUAUAUCAUGAGUCUUUCCCAAACGAUCUUUGAAGACUAAUGCGAAACAAACCAAUUGAAUAAACAAAUACUAGGAUUUUUUUAAAUCACAGGCCAAAUAAAAAUAAAAGAAAUAACACAAAUUAUGAAAACCAAAAAAAUAAUCGUUUCUUGGCUUUUACGGAAUUUAUUUCUAAGAUUUUAAAGAAUUUUCUUAGUCGGAUUGAGAAAGUUGGGGAAUGAAAUAUAAUCACUAUUGACUAUUCAUUCUCAUCUAGCAAUCAAAAUAGAUUUGAAUUAUUUGUCCUCCUUUUUUAAUUAGUGCGAUGGAGAUUUCUUGAGAAAUCGAAUCAUAAAAUGACUGUUCUCAAAUUUCUCACAGCAAAAGAAAGAAACUUUGUUUAUAUUUCUGAGAAUAAAGAAAUCUCUGAAAGCCUACAAAUAUAACUUCUCAACUUACAUAUGUGAUCAGAUCCUUUAAUUUUAUUUGAAGGUGUUUUUUUGGAAAAUAACAAUUUUACUAGGUUUUGAUUUUAGAUUUAAUUCGUUCCAUUGAUUGUCUUUUUCUAGUGCACAACGACUGCUUUUGGUGGCCGUAUUGCUAUCAUCGUAAAAUGCAUGUAUCUAUUCUCGUUAACCAUAGUUGGGCUAAUCGUCUUUGGACGGCAAAUUAAACCAUGCUUUUUAAAAUCAUUAAAUACAAUUUGUUUAUUUAAAAAUCGGUCUAAGUCGGGGCUAUCGUUUUCUUGUGUAUCAGCUCCUGUUUCAUUAUUCACAAUAUGGGUCCAGUACUUUUUUUUACUAUCUUCUACAAAUUUCAUUAUUAACAUGAUAGCAA